CUACCAUGACAUUGCAUUCGACUAAAGGGACUGAAGCCUACUACUUCCACUAUACCUCAAAUUGCGACGUAUCAGUUGAAGAAAUCUGCUGGAAUGAAGGCAAAACUCAGCAAAUUGACGCAAAUCAAUACCCAUAUGUUGCCAGAAUCAUGGAUGACCCAAAUUACACAACCAAGUAUCUCGUUGCCGAAGCACGACAGCUCAUCAAGGAUUAUCAGGGCGAUAGUCCGAGAUGGUUCUCUGCCUUGGGUGUGGUGGUGACCGUGGUCUUCGCUAUGUCAGUUCAGCUAUAUACACCUGCAAAAGAAACUUAGACACGAGCACGACCCAUUGCAUCAGUCAAUUGGCCUUGGCGUGGUUUGCUUAUUUCCUAUGGCCAUUUAAAGCGUUCAACUGGUACUCAAUACUGGUAGUUCAAGAAACCGACAAGGACGAGCUUCCUUCGCCUCUAUAUGAGCUACGACAACAGCUGCUACGACAGCAGAACUAUCGUUGCCCCAUAACGGGCGUGGUGGAAAUGGGACAUCCUAAACUUCCAGGCGAUAUGACAAGCACACUGGGGAUUUUUCAUAUCCUCGAAAGACCCAUCAUAGGUUUUGAGAAGUUCGACUUCUUCGAGCCCAUCACACGAGAGAUUAUAGAGAAUUAUUUCCCGACGCUGGACCUGGAUUCACUCCCGGAAGAUCCCAGUAAUGCCAUUGCUCUUGAGCGUAACACGUACACAAAUUUCACCGACUUGAGGAUGUCCCUCAAGGCAACUGCGAACGCCAACGAAUACAGGGUAGAGACCUACGGAGAAUGCCUAUGGGCCGCGCCCCUACCAGAAGUCAUCGUCAUCAAGGAGGCCGACCCACAAUAUCUCCGUUCACAUUCAUGCGUAGCAGACGUACUCCACCAAAGUGGCGCGGGGAGAGUCAUUGAUAAGAUUCUAGGAUGCCUGCCCCAACGGACGAGCGCCGUACAUCCAGCAGACAUAAUAGAUCUCCAGGGAGUCUUGGACAUACUUGGACUCCGGUAUUCGCUGGUUACGGCUUUGCAAUUACCCCAGCUUGAUGAUGGGGUCUUUGUAUAAUCCCAGAUUAAUUAUGGAGAUAUCAAACCGAUUACUAGUUUACAUACUAUUACCGCUCACGUCCUGCAGCUUCUGAUUUGGACUCAAGGAUUUGUGAAAGACAAUAUAAUCAAUGAGCACA